CUGCGCAUGCCCGGAAGAGGCGCUUGGCCCGCGUGGGUUUGGUUCUCUGCGCCCUUCCUGUCUCCUCCACGGCGGCGGGUAAAGAUGGUCUUCCUCACGUCGUCCCUUUGGAUCCGGGCCCGCCUGACCGAUCGCUUCUGGAGGAAGCAGGAGGUGCUGCAGCAUGCCCGGCACUUCCGUGGACGGAAAAACCGCUGCUUCAGCUUGGCCUACCGAGCGGUCCGCAGGGCUUUUGUCUAUGCCACAAAAGCCAGAGCGUUGAAAAAGAAGGAUAUGAGAGAGUUGUGGAUAACACGGGUAACAGCGGCCACUCUCGAACACGGUAUGAAAUAUCACCAUUUCAUCAGCGGUCUUUAUAAGUCUCAAGUGGAAUUGAACAGAAAAGUCUUGGCUGACCUGGCGAUCUAUGAGCCGAAGACGUUCAAGUCCCUGGCAGCGUUAGCCAAAAGGAGGGGACAGGAAGGCCUGGUUGCUGCUCAGGAAGCCAAAGAACCAGAGGGAAUAUUUUCACGCUUUGUGCAGCAGUCCUGAAGCUGUGGUUUUUGGUUAGCUUGCUGAGAUGUGCAAACAUUAAAAGGAGUCAUUUUUUUGAAAAGCAUGGCCUCAGUUGGUAAAGCAAAGCAAGUAAGAUCUCUGACUGGGGUGGGAUUAUCCUUUCCUACUUUGAAGAUUACAGCCCAUUUCACAGAAAGUUUUGUAUAGGUACCUAUAUGACAGUUACAUUUUAAUUGGAACCGUAUUUUCAAGAGUAAGGGAUGGAGAGUCAGCAACUUUGACUGGCAAUAAAGGCAGAGGACUCUCCCCUCGUUGUAUGAACAUCGACUUGGACCCUUUGGCCACCUCAUUUUACUCACUAAAGUUUCCAUCUUGUUUAAAAUUUAAAAGCCAAGGUGUUCCUUAUUCAGCUGCAGAAGAGGAGGUUAUGGAGACCUUGGCCAACAUCUUAGCUGGAAAGAAAACAGCGACUGUUCAUCCACGGCUAUACUAGAAGACUGGUGGACAGCAGAUUACCAUGUCUGGGUACUGAACCUCAGUUAAAUGAGACAUCUUGUCUUUCGAGUCUCUCUUCACUAUACAUUCUUUUAAUUAAAAGGACAGUUCCAAUUGUA